AAAACUGCUAUAGUAAUUGUAUCGAAAAAUAAAAAUAUGAAACCAGUAUCUGAAGAAUCGUCAUUCUCUUUGACAGAAGAAGAAAAAGAAAUCAAUAAAGAAGAGUUUAAAAGCAGAAUUUUGAGGAUGGCGUAUGGUGAUGCAUGCCUAAAAGUUGUGGUGAAGAAAUGUUACAAGGCUUUGAAAUUAGUGGGCAAGCAAGUGUGUAGAAAUAUCAAGUGUAAGAGCGAUUUCAAAGAAAAGUACAACCAGCUUACAAGGCUGGGGUGUAUAGGCCAGUUCCGUGUGAACGCCACUACGACCACAACCAACGAGCCUGAAGGAAACUACGAAAAUAACGAAAACUACGAUUAUAACCAAGACUUUACGAUAGAUCCAACAAGAUCUGGAUUGGAAGCUUGCUACCCACUGAUGGAAACAAAACAUGUAACACUCCGUAACGAGACCCCGCACCAAACUUUGGACUUACGAGUGGACAUUUUGCGCGAUCGCUUCGAACGCGCGUGCCAGCAAGCGUCGCGAGCGAAAUGCAAUGACGCUUGCAAGUUCGCUUACCAAGGCGCUUGCGACGAGUACGAAUGUACCAAAGCGAAGAAGAAAGCCUUCGCUAAACGCUGCAAAGCACAAUGCAAGGCUGCGUAUAUUAUAAAGAAGGAAAAAGAGAAAGACAGCAGCGACUCUUCUAGCGAUAGCGAUAGCGAAUCCGACAGUUCCGAUAGCGAUAGUGAUGAUUGGAAAGUAUAAUAACCACCUU